AUGCCUCACAUCUCGCUGAUACCUCGAGAGGCACACGGAGUUCAUUGCUUCAAAAGGCUCAAGACGUAUGCCACCUUUCCAGAAGCACCUCAGGAGGAGGCUUCUCUCAGCAAUAGGCUCAAGACGUAUGCCACCUUUCCAGAAGCACCUCAGGAGGAGGCUUCUCUCAGCAAUAGGCUCAAGACGUAUGCCACCUUUCCAGAAGCACCUCAGGAGGAGGCUUCUCUCAGCAAUAGGCUCAAGACGUAUGCCACCUUUCCAGAAGCACCUCAGGAGGAGGCUUCUCUCAGCAAUAGGCUCAAGACGUAUGCCACCUUUCCAGAAGCACCUCAGGAGGAGGCUUCUCUCAGCAAUAGGCUCAAGACGUAUGCCACCUUUCCAGAAGCACCUCAGGAGGAGGCUUCUCUCAGCAAUAGGCUCAAGACGUAUGCCACCUUUCCAGAAGCACCUCAGGAGGAGGCUUCUCUCAGCAGUAGGCUCAAGACGUAUGCCACCUUUCCAGAAGCUCCUCAGGAGGAGGAUUCUCUCAGCAAUAGGCUCAAGACGUAUGCCACCUUUCCAGAAGCACCUCAGGAGGAGGCUUCUCUCAGCAAUAGGCUCAAGACGUAUGCCAACUUUCCAGAAGCACCUCAGGAGGAGGCUUCUCUCAACAAUAGGCUCAAGACGUAUGCCACCUUUCCAGAAGCACCUCAGGAGGAGGCUUCUCUCAGCAAUAGGCUCAAGACGUAUGCCAACUUUCCAGAAGCACCUCAGGAGGAGUCUUCUCUCAACAAUAGGCUCAAGACGUAUGCCACCUUUCCAGAAGCACCUCAGGAGGAGGCUUCUCUCAGCAAUAGGCUCAAGACGUAUGCCACCUUUCCAGAAGCACCUCAGGAGGAGGCUUCUCUCAGCAAUAGGCUCAAGACGUAUGCCACCUUUCCAGAAGCACCUCAGGAGGAGGCUUCUCUCAGCAAUAGGCUCAAGACGUAUGCCACCUUUCCAGAAGCACCUCAGGAGGAGGCUUCUCUCAGCAAUAGGCUCAAGACGUAUGCCACCUUUCCAGAAGCACCUCAGGAGGAGGCUUCUCUCAGCAAUAGGCUCAAGACGUAUGCCAACUUUCCAGAAGCACCUCAGGAGGAGGCUUCUCUCAACAAUAGGCUCAAGACGUAUGCCACCUUUCCAGAAGCACCUCAGGAGGAGGCUUCUCUCAGCAAUAGGCUCAAGACGUAUGCCACCUUUCCAGAAGCACCUCAGGAGGAGGCUUCUCUCAGCAAUAGGCUCAAGACGUAUGCCACCUUUCCAGAAGCACCUCAGGAGGAGGCUUCUCUCAGCAAUAGGCUCAAGACGUAUGCCACAUUUCCAGAAGCACCUCAGGAGGAGGCUUCUCUCAGCAAUAGGCUCAAGACGUAUGCCACCUUUCCAGAAGCACCUCAGGAGGAGGCUUCUCUCAGCAAUAGGCUCAAGACGUAUGCCAACUUUCCAGAAGCACCUCAGGAGGAGGCUUCUCUCAACAAUAGGCUCAAGACGUAUGCCACCUUUCCAGAAGCACCUCAGGAGGAGGCUUCUCUCAGCAAUAGGCUCAAGACGUAUGCCACCUUUCCAGAAGCACCUCAGGAGGAGGCUUCUCUCAGCAAUAGGCUCAAGACGUAUGCCACCUUUCCAGAAGCACCUCAGGAGGAGGCUUCUCUCAGCAGUAGGCUCAAGACGUAUGCCACCUUUCCAGAAGCUCCUCAGGAGGAGGCUUCUCUCAGCAAUAGGCUCAAGACGUAUGCCACCUUUCCAGAAGCACCUCAGGAGGAGGCUUCUCUCAGCAAUAGGCUCAAGACGUAUGCCAACUUUCCAGAAGCACCUCAGGAGGAGGCUUCUCUCAACAAUAGGCUCAAGACGUAUGCCAACUUUCCAGAAGCACCUCAGGAGGAGGCUUCUCUCAACAAUAGGCUCAAGACGUAUGCCACCUUUCCAGAAGCACCUCAGGAGGAGGCUUCUCUCAGCAAUAGGCUCAAGACGUAUGCCACCUUUCCAGAAGCACCUCCGGAGGAGGCUUCUCUCAGUAAUAGGCUCAAGACGUAUGCCACCUUUCCAGAAGCACCUCAGGAGGAGGCUUCUCUCAGCAAUAGGCUCAAGACGUAUGCCACCUUUCCAGAAGCACCUCAGGAGGAGGCUUCUCUCAGCAAUAGGCUCAAGACGUAUGCCACCUUUCCAGAAGCUCCUCAGGAGGAGGCUUCUCUCAGCAAUAGGCUCAAGACGUAUGCCACCUUUCCAGAAGCACCUCAGGAGGAGGCUUCUCUCAGCAAUAGGCUCAAGACGUAUGCCAACUUUCCAGAAGCACCUCAGGAGGAGGCUUCUCUCAACAAUAGGCUCAAGACGUAUGCCACCUUUCCAGAAGCACCUCAGGAGGAGGCUUCUCUCAGCAAUAGGCUCAAGACGUAUGCCACCUUUCCAGAAACACCUCAGGAGGAGGCUUCUCUCAGUAAUAGGCUCAAGACGUAUGCCACCUUUCCAGAAGCACCUCAGGAGGAGGCUUCUCUCAGCAAUAGGCUCAAGACGUAUGCCACCUAUCCAGAAGCACCUCAGGAGGAGGCUUCUCUCAGUAAUAGGCUCAAGACGUAUGCCACCUUUCCAGAAGCACCUCAGGAGGAGGCUUCUCUCAGCAAUAGGCUCAAGACGUAUGCCACCUUUCCAGAAGCACCUCAGGAGGAGGCUUCUCUCAGCAAUAGGCUCAAGACGUAUGCCACCUUUCCAGAAGCACCUCAGGAGGAGGCUUCUCUCAGCAAUAGGCUCAAGACGUAUGCCACCUUUCCAGAAGCACCUCAGGAGGAGGCUUCUCUCAGCAAUAGGCUCAAGACGUAUGCCACCUUUCCAGAAGCACCUCAGGAGGAGGCUUCUCUCAGUAAUAGGCUCAAGACGUAUGCCACCUUUCCAGAAGCACCUCAGGAGGAGGCUUCUCUCAGCAAUAGGCUCAAGACGUAUGCCACCUUUCCAGAAGCACCUCAGGAGGAGGCUUCUCUCAGCAAUAGGCUCAAGACGUAUGCCAACUUUCCAGAAGCACCUCAGGAGGAGGCUUCUCUCAACAAUAGGCUCAAGACGUAUGCCACCUUUCCAGAAGCACCUCAGGAGGAGGCUUCUCUCAGCAAUAGGCUCAAGACGUAUGCCACCUUUCCAGAAGCACCUCAGGAGGAGGCUUCUCUCAGCAAUAGGCUCAAGACGUAUGCCACCUUUCCAGAAGCACCUCAGGAGGAGGCUUCUCUAAGCAAUAGGCUCAAGACGUAUGCCAACUUUCCAGAAGCACCUCAGGAGGAGGCUUCUCUCAACAAUAGGCUCAAGACGUAUGCCACCUUUCCAGAAGCACCUCAGGAGGAGGCUUCUCUCAGCAAUAGGCUCAAGACGUAUGCCACCUUUCCAGAAGCACCUCAGGAGGAGGCUUCUCUCAGCAAUAGGCUCAAGACGUAUGCCACCUUUCCAGAAGCACCUCCGGAGGAGGCUUCUCUCAGUAAUAGGCUCAAGACGUAUGCCAACUUUCCAGAAGCACCUCAGGAGGACGCAUCUCUCAGCAAUAGGCUCAAGACCUAUGCCACCUUUCCAGAAGCACCUCAGGAGGAGGCUUCUCUCAGCAAUAGGCUCAAGACGUAUGCCACCUUUCCAGAAGCACCUCAGGAGGAGGCUUCUCUCAGCAAUAGGCUCAAGACGUAUGCCACCUUUCCAGAAGCACCUCAGGAGGAGGCUUCUCUCAGCAAUAGGCUCAAGACGUAUGCCACCUUUCCAGAAGCACCUCAGGAGGAGGCUUCUCUCAGCAAUAGGCUCAAGACGUAUGCCACCUUUCCAGAAGCACCUCAGGAGGAGGCUUCUCUCAGCAAUAGGCUCAAGACGUAUGCCACCUUUCCAGAAGCACCUCAGGAGGAGGCUUCUCUCAGCAAUAGGCUCAAGACGUAUGCCACCUUUCCAGAAGCACCUCAGGAGGAGGCUUCUGUCAGCAAUAGGCUCAAGACGUAUGCCACCUUUCCAGAAGCACCUCAGGAGGAGGCUUCUCUCAGCAAUAGGCUCAAGACGUAUGCCACCUUUCCAGAAGCACCUCAGGAGGAGGCUUCUCUAAGCAAUAGGCUCAAGACGUAUGCCAACUUUCCAGAAGCACCUCAGGAGGAGGCUUCUCUCAACAAUAGGCUCAAGACGUAUGCCACCUUUCCAGAAGCACCUCAGGAGGAGGCUUCUCUCAGCAAUAGGCUCAAGACGUAUGCCAACUUUCCAGAAGCACCUCAGGAGGAGGCUUCUCUCAACAAUAGGCUCAAGACGUAUGCCACCUUUCCAGAAGCACCUCAGGAGGAGGCUUCUCUCAGCAAUAGGCUCAAGACGUAUGCCACCUUUCCAGAAGCACCUCAGGAGGAGGCUUCUCUCAGCAAUAGGCUCAAGACGUAUGCCACCUUUCCAGAAGCACCUCCGGAGGAGGCUUCUCUCAGUAAUAGGCUCAAGACGUAUGCCACCUUUCCAGAAGCACCUCAGGAGGACGCAUCUCUCAGCAAUAGGCUCAAGACCUAUGCCACCUUUCCAGAAGCACCUCAGGAGGAGGCUUCUCUCAGCAAUAGGCUCAAGACGUAUGCCACCUUUCCAGAAGCACCUCAGGAGGAGGCUUCUCUCAGCAAUAGGCUCAAGACGUAUGCCACCUUUCCAGAAGCUCCUCAGGAGGAGGCUUCUCUCAGCAAUAGGCUCAAGACGUAUGCCACCUUUCCAGAAGCACCUCAGGAGGAGGCUUCUCUCAGCAAUAGGCUCAAGACGUAUGCCACCUUUCCAGAAGCACCUCAGGAGGAGGCUUCUCUCAGCAAUAGGCUCAAGACGUAUGCCACCUUUCCAGAAGCACCUCAGGAGGAGGCUUCUCUCAGCAAUAGGCUCAAGACGUAUGCCACCUUUCCAGAAGCACCUCAGGAGGAGGCUUCUCUCAGCAAUAGGCUCAAGACGUAUGCCUCCUUUCCAGAAGCACCUCAGGAGGAGGCUUCUCUCAGCAAUAGGCUCAAGACGUAUGCCACCUUUCCAGAAGCACCUCCGGAGGAGGCUUCUCUCAGUAAUAGGCUCAAGACGUAUGCCACCUUUCCAGAAGCACCUCAGGAGGAGGCUUCUCUCAGCAAUAGGCUCAAGACGUAUGCCUCCUUUCCAGAAGCACCUCAGGAGGAGGCUUCUCUCAGCAAUAGGCUCAAGACGUAUGCCACCUUUCCAGAAGCACCUCCGGAGGAGGCUUCUCUCAGUAAUAGGCUCAAGACGUAUGCCACCUUUCCAGAAGCACCUCCGGAGGAGGCUUCUCUCAGUAAUAGGCUCAAGACGUAUGCCACCUUUCCAGAAGCACCUCAGGAGGAGGCUUCUCUCAGCAAUAGGCUCAAGACGUAUGCCUCCUUUCCAGAAGCACCUCAGGAGGAGGCUUCUCUCAGCAAUAGGCUCAAGACGUAUGCCACCUUUCCAGAAGCACCUCCGGAGGAGGCUUCUCUCAGUAAUAGGCUCAAGACGUAUGCCACCUUUCCAGAAGCACCUCAGGAGGAGGCUUCUCUCAGCAAUAGGCUCAAGACGUAUGCCUCCUUUCCAGAAGCACCUCAGGAGGAGGCUUCUCUCAGCAAUAGGCUCAAGACGUAUGCCACCUUUCCAGAAGCACCUCCGGAGGAGGCUUCUCUCAGUAAUAGGCUCAAGACGUAUGCCACCUUUCCAGAAGCACCUCAGGAGGAGGCUUCUCUCAGCAAUAGGCUCAAGACGUAUGCCAACUUUCCAGAAGCACCUCAGGAGGAGGCUUCUCUCAACAAUAGGCUCAAGACGUAUGCCACCUUUCCAGAAGCACCUCAGGAGGAGGCUUCUCUCAGCAAUAGGCUCAAGACGUAUGCCACCUUUCCAGAAGCACCUCAGGAGGAGGCUUCUGUCAGCAAUAGGCUCAAGACGUAUGCCACCUUUCCAGAAGCACCUCAGGAGGAGGCUUCUGUCAGCAAUAGGCUCAAGACGUAUGCCAACUUUCCAGAAGCACCUCAGGAGGAGGCUUCUCUCAACAAUAGGCUCAAGACGUAUGCCACCUUUCCAGAAGCACCUCAGGAGGAGGCUUCUCUCAGCAAUAGGCUCAAGACGUAUGCCACCUUUCCAGAAGCACCUCAGGAGGAGGCUUCUCUCAGCAAUAGGCUCAAGACGUAUGCCACCUUUCCAGAAGCACCUCAGGAGGAGGCUUCUCCCAGCAAUAGGCUCAAGACGUAUGCCACCUUUCCAGAAGCUCCUCAGGAGGAGGCUUCUCUCAGCAAUAGGCUCAAGACCUAUGCCACCUUUCCAGAAGCACCUCAGGAGGAGGCUUCUCUCAGCAAUAGGCUCAAGACGUAUGCCACCUUUCCAGAAGCACCUCAGGAGGAGGCUUCUCUCAGCAAUAGGCUCAAGACGUAUGCCACCUUUCCAGAAGCACCUCAGGAGGAGGCUUCUCCCAGCAAUAGGCUCAAGACGUAUGCCACCUUUCCAGAAGCUCCUCAGGAGGAGGCUUCUCUCAGCAAUAGGCUCAAGACCUAUGCCACCUUUCCAGAAGCACCUCAGGAGGAGGCUUCUCUCAGCAAUAGGCUCAAGACGUAUGCCACCUUUCCAGAAGCACCUCAGGAGGAGGCUUCUCUCAGCAAUAGGCUCAAGACGUAUGCCACCUUUCCAGAAGCUCCUCAGGAGGAGGCUUCUCUCAGCAAUAGGCUCAAGACGUAUGCCACCUUUCCAGAAGCACCUCAGGAGGAGGCUUCUCUCAGCAAUAGGCUCAAGACGUAUGCCACCUUUCCAGAAGCUCCUCAGGAGGAGGCUUCUCUCAGCAAUAGGCUCAAGACGUAUGCCACCUUUCCAGAAGCUCCUCAGGAGGAGGCUUCUCUCAGCAAUAGGCUCAAGACCUAUGCCACCUUUCCAGAAGCACCUCAGGAGGAGGCUUCUGUCAGCAAUAGGCUCAAGACGUAUGCCACCUUUCCAGAAGCACCUCAGGAGGAGGCUUCUCUCAGCAAUAGGCUCAAGACGUAUGCCACCUUUCCAGAAGCUCCUCAGGAGGAGGCUUCUCUCAGCAAUAGGCUCAAGACGUAUGCCACCUUUCCAGAAGCACCUCAGGAGGAGGCUUCUCUCAGCAAUAGGCUCAAGACCUAUGCCACCUUUCCAGAAGCACCUCAGGAGGACGCAUCUCUCAGCAAUAGGCUCAAGACGUAUGCCACCUUUCCAGAAGCUCCUCAGGAGGAGGCUUCUCUCAGCAAUAGGCUCAAGACGUAUGCCACCUUUCCAGAAGCUCCUCAGGAGGAGGCUUCUCUCAGCAAUAGGCUCAAGACGUAUGCCACCUUUCCAGAAGCUCCUCAGGAGGAGGCUUCUCUCAGCAAUAGGCUCAAGACGUAUGCCACCUUUCCAGAAGCUCCUCAGGAGGAGGCUUCUCUCAGCAAUAGGCUCAAGACGUAUGCCACCUUUCCAGAAGCUCCUCAGGAGGAGGCUUCUCUCAGCAAUAGGCUCAAGACCUAUGCCACCUUUCCAGAAGCACCUCAGGAGGAGGCUUCUCUCAGCAAUAGGCUCAAGACGUAUGCCACCUUUCCAGAAGCACCUCAGGAGGAGGCUUCUCUCAGCAAUAGGCUCAAGACGUAUGCCACCUUUCCAGAAGCUCCUCAGGAGGAGGCUUCUCUCAGCAAUAGGCUCAAGACCUAUGCCACCUUUCCAGAAGCACCUCAGGAGGAGGCUUCUCUCAGCAAUAGGCUCAAGACGUACGCCAACUUUCCAGAAGCACCUCAGGAGGAGGCUUCUCAGCAAUAG